AUGAAUAAAGUAUCAAAUGAAAAUCAGUCAAAAUCUGUUAUCAUUCCUAGUAGAUGGAUAUAUGUUUUAUUUGGAUUGAUUAUUUUCUUUACAAUGACAAUUAUUGCUCUUACUGCAGCCAUAUUGGGUAUAGUUAUUAAUCGUCUAGAUUCAAAGAAUACAAGUUCUAUCAUUAAUAAUCAAUCAAUUUUACUUUCUGAUCAAAUAAAAAUUGAAGAUCUAAUUAAACAUUUAGAACAACUUCAACUUAUUGCUGAUCGAACUGAUAAUAGAACACGUGCAAUAGCAACUCGAGGAUUUAACGAUACACUCGACUAUAUUACUAAUCAACUCGAACAAAAUACAAAUUUCAAAAUUCAACAUUGGUAUUUCACAGUUCGAAAUCAUAUUGUUCAAGAAACACCACAAUUACAAUCAAAAAUAAAUGGAUUUAUAAUAAAUCAUACUUAUUUGACAGAUUUUACUCAUAUUUUAUUUUCAGCUGGUGCUAAUUUUGAUGAAUUUGUUCGAAUAGUUGUUAUUCCAAAUUUAGGUUGUGAAGAUAAUGAUUGGAUAAAUGUAUCAAAAGUUGAUUCAGUUGCUUUGGUUAAACGAGGUAAUUGUUCAUUUUCCCAAAAGUGUGCAUUAGCUGAUAAAUAUCAAGUAAAAGGAUUGUUCAUUUACAAUGAUGGAAUAUCCUCAGAUGGUUUUAAUCCAAUACAAGGAGUGAGAAAUAAUUUAAAUACAACAAUUCCAGCCUACUUCUUAUCGUAUAAUCUUGGAAUGCAAUUAGUCAAUACAGUGAACAAUGUUAGUGUCAUUAUAAAUAUUAACGUCAGUGACGCAAAUGGCAUUGAAAAUAUUUGUGCUGAUACACAAACAGGAGAUCCAACUAAAACAAUUGUGAUUGGCGCUCAUAGUGAUGGAGUAUCAGCUGGAAGUGGAAUAAAUGAUAAUGGUAGUGGUACAGUUGCUAUUUUGGCCUUAGCUAUUAAUUUAGCUCGGUUAUUUCAAACAUCUUCAUUGAAUUAUUCUACAUAUCAAUAUCGUGUUCGGUUUUGUUGGUGGGGUGCUGAAGAACUUGGUCUUCUUGGUUCUAGACAUCAUGUCGAACAAGCUUCAUUGCCAACUACUAUCAUUCUAGGUGAACGCUUACAAGAUUAG